UGGUUCACUUCUCUCUCUCUCUAACUACUUGCAGAAGGGGACGCCUUAAGAACGGGUUCCAUAUAUAUCCUCUUCAAUCACAACAUUCUCUGUCUUUUCGCUCUCGUAAAGCCGUGAUUCCAUCUUCUUCAGAGUUCUUCCUGUUUCUGUUGAUCGAGAAUUUGUUGUAGAAGGAAUUUCCCUAAAGGAUUUUUUUCUUAGCUUGCUUUGGAACGCGUUGUGUAAAUUUGGAGGAGAGAGAUUAGAUUAAUGGUUGAUCAUCUUUGAAUCAUCGAUUUGUGGAGGGAAUCGAUUUUUCUGGGAUCGGAUCGGUGCGUCUCGAUGGCGUCAUCUGUUCAUUCGAACUCCGAUCGCGCGCGGGAGUCUUCAAGGAGGCAGAAGAAGAAGAAAAGCCACGGCAACAGAGAUCAUCAUCAAAACCAGAACCAUAUUAAAUGGAAGUCUCAAGCGCAGCAAGAAAUUUACUCGUCCAAGCUGGUCCGAGCAUUGAAUCAAGUGAGGCUCAGUCCUCCGAACGAGGCGCCGCGCCGCGGCAGAGCCGUACGCGAGGCCGCUGACAGAGUCCUCGCCGUCGCUGCCAAGGGGAGAACCAGGUGGAGCCGAGCCAUCUUAACGAACAGGCUGAAACUCAAAUUCAGGAAGCCGAAAAGACAGAGAUCGGCAUCCACCGCCGGAAACAACCGCUCAAAGAAACCUAGAGUUAGCGUGUUGCGGUUGAGAGGGAAAUCCUUACCGGCGGUACAAAGGAAAGUUAGGGUUCUUGGACGGCUAGUUCCCGGUUGCCGGAAAGAACCGUUGCCGGUUAUCCUGGAAGAGGCUACCGAUUACAUAGCUGCACUUGAAAUGCAAGUUCGAGCCAUGAGUGCCCUCGCCGAGUUGCUCUCGGCCUCAACUUCUGCCGCAGGCUCUAGCUCCGCCCCACCAAACUGAUGACUCGCUUUCCUACUGGUGUUUCCCUUUUCCCGACAAAUCCUACCAUUUUCCCGCUUCUUCUCGUAUCUUUGCUUUGCUUGCCUCUAUGCAAGUGAAGUAACUGUCUGUUAAAUAUGGUUGCUGCUAUUUUCUUCUUCCUCCUUCCCCGUGGUAUUCUAUUUUUUCUGUUCACUCUUCCCCUCCUCCUGAAUAACUUCUUUGGAAUCCAAUGCCCAAAAAGAAGAGAAAAAAAAGGAAAAAAGAACUUGGAAUCCGUACAUAAUUUGUUCUGUAAUCUUCGGCCUCGGCUUGUCUGUUGUUUUACAUUCACUUCGUGGAUUUAUUAACCCUCUUGUUGAUUUCUGCAAAGUUAAUGAGAAGAAAAAACAGUUUUCUGGUGAA